AUGUCCGAUACCGAGGAGGAGAGAGUCUUCGAAAUCGAUGUAGCAAAGAAUGGCAGGGCAGGAUGUAAAAAAUGCAAACAAAAAUGUUUACAAGGAGAAUUAAGGAUAGCAAAAAUUGUAGCAAAUCCUUUUGCCGAUGGUAAAAUGAAAAAUUGGCAUCACAUUGACUGCCUUUUUGAAGCGUUCAAGAAGCAACGAGCUACCACCAAAAGAAUAGAGAGUGAAGAUGAUAUCAUUGGGUUCGAAUUGAUUUCUGCUGACCAACAAACCAGUAUAAAGGAUAAAAUUCGAGAUUUAAGGGUUUCCUUUGGAGGCAGUACUAAAACACCAACGAAAAAACCUAAAAAGGCAGUUAAAUCUGAACAAAACAAAUUGGCUGCUGAUGUAGAUGUGAAAAAAGAAGUAAAUAAAGACAAUCAAUUCAAAAUCUUUCAAAAAAUAGUAGAAAAAGUAGCGAAACAUCCAAGUUAUCUUGACAAAACUGGAAUUAUCAAGCAAUUCUUUGAUAAAGGCUCUGAUGGUAAUUCAUUUAAAGGAGACAUUGAAAUCUGGUGCAGGCUGCUAUUGCCUGGUAGUGUAAAAAGAAUUUAUAAUUUGCAAAGUAAACAAUUGGUUAAAAUUUUCAGUAAGAUGUUUCUUGAAGAUCAAGAUGAAAUGAUGGCACAUUUGGAACAAGGUGAUAUUAGUGAUACGAUAAGCCAUUUUUACAAUCGGAGCAAAAAAUUUAAUCCAAUAACUUCAAAAUCAACAAUAACAGUCCAAGAAGUUGACAAUUUUCUGGAACAUUUAUCAAAACUGACCAAAGAGGAUGACCAAAUCAGUCAUUUUUCAAAAAUUAUAAAAACUCUGACUCCAGAUGAUUUAAAAACCAUUAUAAGGCUGAUCAAGCACGAUUUAAGAAUGGGAGCUGGGGCAAAACAUGUACUGGAAGGCAUACAUCCAGAUGCAUAUAAUGUCUAUAAGACUUCCAAGGACUUGGAUGGUGUAGUGGAGAGGUGUUUUGGUAAUCGAAAAGUCCAAAGUGCCGAAGUUAAAAUUCUUACUCCAGUAUUUCCAAUGUUAGCUGAAGCUUGCAAGUCUGUAGAAUAUGCAAUGAAAAAAUGUCCAAAUGGAAUGUUUUCUGAAAUUAAAUAUGACGGAGAAAGAGUCCAAGUUCAUAAACAGGGAAACGAAUUUAAAUAUUUCUCAAGAUCCCUCAAACCAGUAAUGCCGCACAAAGUAGCCCAUUUCAAAGAAUACAUUCCAAAAGCUUUUCCUCAUGCAGAAGAUUUGAUACUGGACACAGAAAUUUUAAUGAUGGGCACAAACACUGGAAAACCCUUGCCGUUUGGAACGCUGGGCGUUCACAAGAAAGCCCAAUUUCGUGACGCCAGCGUGUGUCUUUUUGUUUUCGAUUGCAUGUAUUAUAAUGGAGAGAGUUUGAUGGAAAAGCCUUUGAUUGAAAGGAAAAAAAUAUUGAAUGCAAAUAUGACGGAAGUGCCGAAUCAUAUUGUAUUUUCUGAGAUGCAAGAAAUAGAUGAACCUCAAAAACUUGCCAAAAUGAUUGCAAAAGUUUUGAAGUUGGGAUUGGAAGGUUUAGUUUUAAAGGACACAAUGAGUAAAUAUGAACCCGGAAAACGUCACUGGCUUAAAGUUAAGAAAGACUACUUAUUUGGAGGCGCCAUGGCCGAUAGUGCCGAUUUAAUUGUUUUGGGGGCAUGGUAUGGAACUGGUCAAAAGGGCGGCAUGAUGUCUGUUUUUCUAAUGGGUUGUUACAAUCCCAAUACUAGAAAAUUUUGUACUGUUACGAAAGUACACACAGGUCAUGAUGAUAAAACCUUGGAACGAUUACAGAAAGAGCUAGAAAUGGAAAAAAUAAGUAGCGAUCCAGAUAAAGUACCAAGUUGGUUGAACUGCACUAGAACAAUGGUGCCAGAUUUUGUGGCUGUUGAUCCCAAGAAACAGCCUGUAUGGGAAAUUACUGGUGCCGAGUUUUCUCAGCAACAUGAUGUUCAUACCGCAUAUGGGAUUUCUAUCAGAUUCCCAAGAGUUACCAAGAUUCGAGAUGAUAAAACAUGGAAAACUGCCACAAAUGUAGAUGAACUAAAACAAUUGUUUAAAAAAUCCAAAGCCGAUACUGAUGUCAGUCAACUGUUAAAAGAUUACAAAGUAGAAUUAGAUGCGGAUGAUGAUACACUUUCAACAAAGGGUACUGAUACUAAAGAGAACAGCAAAAGUCCGUCCAAAAAACGAUUGCUGGACAUUAGUAUUAAUUCUGAAGCAUCAUCAAGUAGCAGUUCACCAAAGAAAUGUAAAAAAGAUUCUUUAGAAUCAGUCGAUUCAAGGAGAGAUAAUAAAAAAUUAGCAGAAGAAUCAGAAAAAAGCAAUAUAAGAAAAGUGAAGCUAGAAAAUGCUUUGCCAAAUUUAUUUGAAAACAUUCAAGGUUUAUUUGUUAAUCCAAGGGAUCCCAACAUUGAAAGAUAUUUCUUAGCUUAUGGUGGACUUAUAGCGAAAACCAAAAAUGCAAAUUGCAUAUUUCAUUCGACCAAUAAAAUUGAAGAUAUUUGCGUAGAGUGGCCUAAAAACGCAAAACAUUUACAUGUCAGCUGGAUUGUAGACUCUGUAAAUCAACUGAAAUUGAAACCUUCUGAUAAUUAUUGCGUAACAUGGGAACCUGUUGUUAGUAGUAAACACAAUGAGCGAUAUAAGAAGUUUUUCAAAGGCUAA